GCCGCCGCCGCCGUCGCCGCCGCCCCCCGCCCGCAGCCAGCGACCCGCCGCGGGCGCGCCCCCGCUCUGCGCUGUCUCCGAUGGCGUCCGCCUCCGGGACCAUGGCGAAGCACGAGCAGAUCCUGGUCCUCGAUCCGCCCACAGACCUCAAAUUCAAAGGCCCCUUCACAGAUGUAGUCACUACAAACCUUAAGUUGCGAAAUCCAUCAGAUCGAAAGGUGUGUUUCAAAGUGAAGACGACAGCGCCUCGUCGGUACUGUGUGCGGCCCAACAGUGGGAUCAUUGACCCCGGGUUGACUGUGACCGUUUCAGUAAUGCUGCAGCCUUUUGACUAUGACCCCAAUGAGAAGAGUAAACACAAGUUUAUGGUACAGACCAUCUUUGCUCCACCAAACAUUUCAGACAUGGAAGCUGUGUGGAAAGAAGCAAAACCCGACGAAUUAAUGGAUUCUAAAUUGAGAUGUGUAUUUGAAAUGCCCAAUGAAAAUGAUAAAUUGAAUGACAUGGAACCCAGCAAAGCCGUUCCCCUGAACGCUGCGAAGCAGGAUGGGCCCGUGCCAAAGCCUCACAGUGUUUCCCUCAAUGACACCGAGAUGAGGAAGCUCAUGGAGGAGUGCAAGCGGCUGCAGGGGGAGAUGAUGAAGCUGUCGGAGGAGAACCGGCACCUGAGGGAUGAAGGCUUACGGCUCAGGAAGGUAGCACAUUCGGAUAAACCUGGAUCCACUUCAGCUGCGUCCUUCAGAGAGAACGUCACCAGUCCUCUUCCUUCACUUCUUGUUGUCAUUGCAGCCAUUUUCAUUGGAUUCUUUCUAGGGAAAUUCAUCUUGUAGAGUGAAGCAUGCAGAGUGCUAUUUCUUUUUUGCCUCUUGACCAGAAAAGAUUCGUUUACCUGCCAUCUCACUGGUAGUGUGGCCCACGGUGACCAUGUGGCCCACGGUGACCAUGCUUUGUGUGUACAGCGUCAUGUAGGCCUCGCCCGUAACGGUCUCACGGUUAGAAAGAAACACGUAAGAACAGAGUGCUGGGCUCCGGACAGCGCCAUCGUCACCAGACCGUCCCUAGCAGGUGUCAUUGCACAUUCAGUCCUUUAUGAAAUUCAUAAAUAAGAAUUGUUCUUUCUUUGUGGUUUUAAUAAGAGUUCAAGAAUUGUUCAGAGUCUUGUAAAUGUUAUUUUAAUAAUCCCUUUAAAUUUUAUCUGUUGCUGUUACCUCUUGAAAUAUGAUUUAUUUAGAUUGCUAAUCCCACUCAUUCAGGAAAUGCCAAGAGGUAUUCUGUGGGGAAAUGGUGCCUCGUACAGUGUAAAUUUUCUCCUUCACCUUUGCUAAUAUCAUGGCAGAAUUUUUCUUAUCCCUUGUGAGGCAGUUGUUGACUGAGUUUUUCAUCCUUCCAAUCCUGUCCCAUGGUAUUUAACACAAAAAUAAUAAAACUGUUAACAGAUUCUUGCUCGAUA